AUGGAGAGACCAAGUAUCAACAUUCGUUCAUGGGAUAGGGAUUUUGAUCCGCAAACACAUGCCGUUUCAGAGGACGAGAUCGAAGGUAACGAAGACAAUCAUGAUAAUAACAAUGAUGAGGAUGAUGAUGAGGAUGAGGAGGGUGGUGGUGGAGUAAAUGACUCAUAUCCUAGUGAUGAAGCCAAGCUGGCAGCGGAUGCGGAAGUUCAGGAAAUAUUGUCUGAAAAUGACGAAGAGUUUCCUGAAACACUGAUCGAUCAAAAUGAAAUGAUGGAAACUUCUGAUGAUCAGGACAUUAUGGGGUCCCCACACUCAAGUUUUUCCUACGACGAUACAAUCACUGAUCAAGAGAUAGACGGUUUAACCAACUACAACAUUAUUUUAGAAUACCCCCAAUUGAAUUUUAAAAACGAUCAAUUAUUGUCUUUUAUUGAAGAGUUGAAUGAUUGGUUUACGUUCAAGGAUUUGCAACAGCUAAAAGAUAUCCUCCAUAUCUCAAAGAAUACAAGAUUGUCAAAAUUACCCGUGUUAAGAGAUAACCUAAUAAAAUACAAAAACACCCAAAACGGUGGAAAACUGCUCCAAGAGCUUCUAUCCCUUGCAUAUUUAUCAAUGGGAUCUUUUAAUGAUGCAAGAUCUCAUGCCGAUAUUGUUGACAAAAUUCGGAUUAACAUAAGUGAAAUGAUAAAAUGUGAAGGUCUUUUUGAGGUAUUAACGGACAUUAUUAUUGAGUCUUCUGCCAAACUUACUGAACCUACUAAUCUGGAAGUCAACGUGGAUAUGAAGCAACUUAAACUAAUUUCAAGUCAUUAUUUCUAUUCUCUCACCAUAGUUUUUAUAAUGCUGUUGCUAUUCAACACAGGAGAAUUAGAUGAUCACAAAUUCAAAAAGAGUGUUAAUACACUCAUCAAUGAAAAAGAAAUUAUGAUUGAAAUACUGAAAGCUUUAGAUCGAUGGAAAUGGAUCUCCAUCAAUUCCGAUAAUGAAGACCCAAGUAUUAUCUUAGAGUCGAUGUCUUCCAAAGUUAUUGAUAGUGAAAAGAUAAAAGUCAUGGUAGUUUCUCAGUUUAGGUUAAGAAAUACCUUGAAUUUUUUAAACAAUUUGAUAUUGUUCCAAUUUGGAGAUUUAAAGAAACUUAAGGCAACCGAAGAUUUCCUCAAAUUCAAGUUUGAAGAUUGCAAGAAAUCAAAUAAGGAUGAAGGGAAGUCGAUCACUACCUUAGACUAUAACUAUUAUGUUCAUGAACUAUUAUGUCGUUAUCCAACUUACACGCCACCAAAACUUGAGAAUUCAGAAAUCCUAGAGCUAAUUGUGAAAAACGAAAAGCCCAGCUCAAUGUCAAAAUUAAUUAAUGUUGAAUCAUUACCAAUUAACCAGCACCAAAAUCUUAAAAAUAGCAAAGAAAACUUGUUUAAUAUGUCCAAUGGUCCUCCAGAAAUCCACAUUGCAACACCGAUGCCUUCUCCUACUCUAACUCCUCAACACACAGGGAAUACCAAAAAUUGCUCUAGCAUUUCAGAAUUUGAUCAUUCUUCAAAUGAGAUAAAGAAAAAACUGUAUAUUACUCAAUCGUCCUUCCCCAAUAUAUACCCAUCAACGGAUAAUUCCAACGUUCCACGUAGUAUCCAAGAAGCAGUAAAUAUCUUCUACAAUAAUAUUAAUGAUGACUUUAAUACAAAGCAAUUCACAACAGUAUUUGAGGAAUUCAUCGUAAAGGAAAAUGGAAUACACACAAAUUCCAUAUCAGACACUUCCAACAAGAAGGAUAGCUUCAUUUUUACCGAAAAGGAUAUCGAGGAAAAUCCAAUAUUUGAAGAUGAGAUUCAAAGUUUGCAAAACGUUGAAGAGUUUUACACUAAGGGGUUGCCAUACCUCAAUUCUUUGGUAUCUAUAGUAUUGAAAUUAUUGAAUUCCAACAUCAUUCCAAGUCAACAAACAGAUGGUAAGACCAGGCAGAGGACACCAUAUACUUCAAAGUAUCAGGAUGCUGAAAAACCAUACCUCAGCAGUAAACUCAAUCCAUUUGAAAAACAGAAAUUAGAGGUAGAAAGAAUAAAAGAAACUAUGCUGAAGAAUGCCUCUACGAUAAUCAUGUUACUACAGGAAUGGUUCAAACUAUCUCAUGUGUUAAAAUUUGAAUACUUUUCAACACUACUAUAUGAUCAAGAUUUUUUGAUUUAUUUGUUUCGAUAUUUGGAUAGUAAUAAAAUUCAAGCAUUCUCAGGUAAAGAGGUUGACUUUAAGGAAAAGGAUACGUUGAUUAAUAACAGAAUAGUAUACUGUGAUUAUAAAGUGUUGUACUACCUUGAAGAUUACAAUUUUUUCAAGAAAUGCUUAGCACUAUCAACAAAUAAAGAAAAAGAGAUAAAACAUGAUGACGAGAUUGGAGAUUUCCAAUCAAUUUUUGAGAAGAAAACAAACAAGGAAGAUAUCAAUCCAUUGUCAUUUAUACUACCCUUUGUUCCUCAUAGCCAGGUAUUCACAGUUAUUAAUCCAAAUUUGAGAUGUUGCAUCUUAUUGUCCAAUCUUCUAGGCUCGAUGUAUUUGACAAUUGAAAAGUUUAAAAUCCAAAGGAUAUACAAAUUGAUUGGAUUAAGGCCAACCGAAAUUUUAAGAUUUUAUCUAACUUUACAUAAUGAACAUUUUUAUUCACCAAUUUUGAAAACCAUUAAGUUGAUCUCUCCCUUUAUAGGUAAGAAAUGGAGAGCAAAUAAUAUGGACCUUAUUUCGUUUGUUUACCUAUUUGAAAAAAUUGGUUUAAAGGAUCCAUGGUUGAACAAUUUUCUUAGUGUUGGUAUUGAGGAGAAUACAAAGCGAGGAUAUGACAAUGAGUCUGCAUUGAGAUCAUUGGUUAAGUAUUAUAACUAUUCGAAUUAUGGUGAAACAUUAAAAAAGGUUGGGUAUUCAAAUGACAUAAAUGAGUUUAUGAUGGAUCUCGAAGGUACCGGAGAUUACUUUGCGAAUAAUUUAUAA